CGAAGCAAAAAGCUUUCGUGCCUACUUCGAGGACAUACUAACCAACAGACAGCCGACCAGCCAGAGACAGCAGAAAUCUUCGCAAUGGCUUCCCGACCGACCGUCACGAUCAUCGGCGCCGAUGGCAAGGCCAGCGGUGCCACCCACCCGAUCCCCAAUGUCUUCACGGCACCGAUCCGUCCCGACAUUGUUCAGCAGGUUCACAAGGGAAUGGCAAAGAACAAGCGCCAGCCGUACGCCGUUAGCGAGAAGGCCGGUCACCAGACCUCUGCCGAGUCUUGGGGAACUGGUCGUGCCGUUGCCCGUAUCCCCCGUGUCUCUGGUGGUGGUACCCACCGUGCCGGUCAGGCCGCUUUCGGUAACAUGUGCCGUUCCGGUCGCAUGUUCGCCCCUACCAAGGUUUGGCGCAAGUGGCACAUCAAGGUCAACCAGGGCCAGAAGCGCUUCGCUACCACCUCCGCUCUCGCUGCUUCGGCCGUCGCCCCUCUCCUGCUCGCCCGCGGUCACAGGAUCAGCAACAUCCCUGAGGUCCCCCUGGUCAUCGACUCUGCUGCUUUCAGCGGUGCCGCUCUUGCCAAGACUGCCGCCGCUGUCGGUCUCCUGAACGCCGUUGGUGCCGGUGCUGACCUUGAGAAGGUCAAGAAGUCGAGGGCCAUGCGUGCCGGUAAGGGCAAGCUCCGUGGCCGCAGGUACCGCCAGCGCCGCGGUCCCCUGGUCAUCUACGACCCUGCCACCGACGGCACCGACCUUGUCAAGGGCUUCCGCAACAUCCCCGGUGUUGAGACCAGCUCUGUCUACUCCCUCAACCUCCUCCAGCUCGCCCCUGGUGGCCACCUUGGCCGCUUCAUUGUCUGGACCUCCGCUGGUUUCAAGGCCCUCGACAACAUCUACGGCACCACCACCACCCCCUCGGCGCUGAAGAAGGACUUCCUGCUGCCUUCCAACGUCGUCAGCCAAGCAGACCUGACCCGUCUGAUCAACAGCUCCGAAAUCCAGAGCGUCCUGCGCGCACCCAAGGGCACCGCCCGCACAAAGCGCCAGGGUUGCCUCAAGAAGAACCCGCUCAGGAACAAGCAGAUCCUCCUCCGCCUUAACCCCUACGCUUCCGCCUACCAAAAGAACAAGCUUGGUGAGGAGAAGCUCAGGGAGGGCAAGCCUGAGGUACCUGAGGCGUUCAAGACUCAGCUUCACGAGAACUAGGUUGGGUGUUUGGGCAUGGGGAUUUCAAAAGGUUGUCUUCUUUUUUACGGGGCGUCUAGUGGGUUCAUGGAAAACCAUAGUGCAAUGUCAUUUCAGCAGAUCGAUUUCACCUCUGUAGCUUCAUCGGCAGUGAGAUGAUGGUGAUUAAUGAGUUUCUUCACAUGAGUCAAAUCCAAUACCCGAAUGACAUGAUAUAUUUGAAAAGAGAAGCGAU